GGGCUGGCCUGGUCCCUCGCUGCCAUGGCCAUGCAGAUGCAGCUGGAGACCAGCGCAGACACCUCGGCAGAGGAGGAGAGCUUUGGACCACAGCUCAUAUCCAGGUUGGAGCAAUGUGGCAUAAAUGCCAAUGAUGUGAAGAAGCUGGAAGAAGCUGGAUUUCACACAGUGGAGGCCGUGGCUUAUGCUCCAAAGAAGGAGCUGCUGAACAUUAAAGGCAUCAGCGAAGCCAAAGCCGACAAAAUCUUGGCUGAGGCAGCCAAACUGGUUCCCAUGGGCUUCACCACGGCCACAGAAUUCCACCAGCGGCGGUCAGAGAUCAUCCAGAUCACCACUGGCUCCAAAGAGCUGGAUAAACUGCUCCAAGGAGGAAUAGAAACAGGGUCCAUAACAGAGUUAUUCGGGGAGUUCCGUACUGGGAAGACGCAGCUGUGUCACACCCUGGCUGUCACCUGUCAGCUGCCCAUAGACCGCGGUGGCGGCGAGGGCAAGGCCAUGUACAUCGACACAGAGGGCACCUUCCGUCCAGAGCGGCUCCUGGCCGUGGCUGAAAGGUAUGGCCUGUCUGGCAGCGAUGUCCUGGACAACGUGGCCUAUGCUCGGGGCUUUAACACCGACCACCAGACCCAGCUGCUGUACCAGGCCUCGGCCAUGAUGGCUGAGUCACGGUACGCGCUGCUGAUCGUGGACAGCGCCACGGCCCUGUACCGCACGGAUUACUCGGGAAGGGGCGAGCUCUCCGCCAGGCAGAUGCACCUGGCCAGGUUCCUGCGGAUGCUGCUGCGCCUGGCCGACGAGUUUGGCGUGGCCGUUGUCAUCACGAACCAGGUGGUGGCACAGGUAGACGGAGCUGCCAUGUUUGCUGCAGAUCCCAAAAAGCCCAUCGGAGGCAAUAUCAUUGCUCAUGCUUCCACCACCAGGCUGUACCUGCGGAAAGGCCGAGGUGAGACCAGGAUCUGCAAAAUCUACGACUCUCCGUGUCUUCCCGAGGCCGAAGCCAUGUUUGCUAUCAAUGCCGACGGAGUGGGAGAUGCUAAGGACUGAAAACUCCUUUUCUUGCCCUGAAUCCCAGGACUCUGUGUCUGUAAGAGGCUCCUUUCCAGGUGGCACCUUAGGGAUACUUCCCAAGGCAGCGGGCAGAGGAAGCUGUGCCGUGUCAGCCUGGGAAGCGUCGGGACAUGCCGAGCUCAGCCACGGCUGUUGGGAAGAGAUUCCCUUGGCUGCAGGCACAGGGGAGGGCCAUGAGCUUUCUCAGCAACAUUCCCAGAGCACCAUACCCUGCGUGUUUCCCUGGAUCCCACCGUGGUGCAGCAGAA